CAAAUAUCAUUCGAGACUAGACGUCCCAAACACAAGCCCACAAUAGCAGCGACUACACUGUGUAAUUUAAAUCGUGUGCAGCCAUGGAGUCCUGCGUGCUACGAGUGUUUUUCCUUUUGAUUUGCAACCUGGACCUUGCACUCAAAGGAGCUAAUGCUAUCGAUUAUGUUCCCGUUGAAGACAACGAUCCCGGUAGUACAAUGUACCUUUGGAGACCGGUCAAUAUCUUGUUCAUCGGAGACCGCCAUUUCCGUUCGCUUGAAGAAACAGUUGUCUUGCCUACCAACGUUACCGAGUUCUAUCUGUACUCACAAAGUAUACUGAAUGCCGUGUCCUUUAUGAUACGGGAAGACGAUCCAAGCUGCGACAUCAAAUUGAAGACCAGUGGCACGUACGUGGUGACGGAGGACGAAGAUAAGCAUUUUAUGCCGCGCCCUGGUUCGUAUCCUGAGCUGGGCAACAUGCAUCACAUUCAAUCCUUAGUGGAACGCAACACCGCAGCCAGUUUGGCAGAUAUAGUCAUCGUGGUGCUUGGGUCGAGCCCACCGUCAAUUUUUUACGAAUGGGCAAGGACGAAUUUCCAUCACGUCACAUGGUUCAAUGCCACUAGCAAAAUGUGCUCCGCGCAGAAGUUAAUUGUGUACUGGGACACACCUUGGAGUUAUGCUUACCUGCACGUCCUGAAGGAUUCGCUCCUUAAAGUGAUGCAUCGUACUGGACAGUUGAACGAUGCGAGAUCUACGUGCAAGGAAGUUCGAGAGUUCUAUCGAAGCGCACUGGCACAGGAAGAGGGACUGAUGUGCUUCAACACGCCAUAUACUUGCUGUCCACCCUUAUUUUUCGGCAUGUUCAACAUCAGAAGAGAGUCAUUUUGUGCACAAGUAGUCAGGGUGUUAGGUCUACAUGGCACAUAUGUAAACUUUCAUUGCACGACUUUCUGUAAGGCGGGUACUAUGUCUCAGAGGAAUUUUUACUGGACACCUCCCGGGUGGGUGUGGGACCAGUCUUCUGAUUAUUGGCGCAAGUCUCUCCUAUGCCCUAAACCGGAUGAUGAGGUUUGCUCCGGCAGGUUUGGCCACUAUCAUGCAAAACGGGGCUUAACUUACAAGAAAUUCCAGAAGGUACUCACCUAUAUAUGGGACCUGCAUGACUAUGAAGUACCUGACACAGAAGCAGCUAUCUGCCGUCUGUAGGACAAAUCACGUUCUGUUUCGAUGUAGAAAUAAACAGUUGGGACACGUC